UAUAAUUGAAGUAUUAUUUCAGCAUAAUCCUGAAAAAUUAAUCCUGGCCAAAAAGAUAUCAGCACAUAUGAACUCGAAAAAGAAUACAUGAAUGAAAACAAUGAAGGCUUCCUUCUCCUUUCUGACGUAUCAAAGGAAUCCUUCUGGCAACCAAGCGAUCUCUGCGAUUGCGAUGGUCAAUGCACAGCAGAAGAUAUCAUUCAGCAUUACAUCUUAGAUGACCUCUUCAAAGAAGCAUCUGAUGUCCUGUUCAUCCAUUGUGAUUUAAAACAGACUCUAGAAAAGGUACAAACAGAGCUAACAACAGAUAGAGAAAUGAACUAUGAGUUCCUACAAAAGGCUGAAGCUUCCCUUAUCACCAAUUGUUACAACCUAAUGGUUAACUUAGGAAUUCCAAUUAACUUAGUAUGGACUGAACCAGUCGUCAUGAAACGGUUGAUCAGUAGGACUCUAGCACAAACUUUACAAGAGACUGGAGCCAGUGAAAUCUGAAAAGAUCCCACGAACAAGCAGUUAUUACUGAAGAUAACUUCAGAAGUCUACGAUAUCAAUCUAAAGAUGAUAAUGCUCAUUUGUGAAGACAACGUGCCUGUUUAUAAGACAUUUGGCAGAAUCCUAGCACAAGAGCUGGCUUUAAGCAGGAUCCUCCUUUACCUAGAACACUAG